AUGCAUUAUUCUGAAGACGCCAACGGGCAGGUGAGAGAGCUGGUCUUCCCGAAGGGCCUGGACCUGGACCGCCCGAAGCGUGCCCGGACCACCUUCAGCAGCGAGCAGUUGGCUUCCUUGGAGAGGGAAUUCCGCCGCAACCAGUACCUGGUGGGGCGCGAGAGGUCCCUCCUCGCGGCACGACUCGGCCUCUCCGAGACGCAGGUGAAGGUGUGGUACCAGAACCGCCGCACCAAGCACAAGCGGGACCGCGAGAGGGAGCACGAGACUCCCACCCCCACCCUCACGCCCAUCCCUCGGACCAUUCUCCCGCCCGUGCCCCUCACGCCGCCCACAAUCCUUCCGCCCACCACCACCCCCCUCUUCACCUUUCCUCCCACGUCCACUACCUCGGCUCUGCCUGUCACUACCUCGGGGCUCCAUAUUGCCGCGCCCACGCCCGCACUCACACCCAAAGCUUCCAUAUCCUCGCCUUCGCUGGCCGGCUUGACGCCCGCUGCUCCAACGACGUCUGCUAUGACCUGCUAUAGCAGCAGCGAGGUCCGUCAGCUUGCGUCCGGAGGCUUGGGUCUUCGGGUACACGACGUCAGCGCCGAACAGGAGGGACGUGCGGGGCGCACCUCGCCUCCGGUGGGAGCAAAGCCUCCCUCGCCGCACCUACAGCGGGCCCCCAUGGGCGGGCUGGACUACCACAUGGGAGGCACUUUGGGCAGGGAGAAGGUCGAACUAGGAAGCCAAGCAGCUCAGGCUCUCGAGAUGUCCUUCUCGAAGAGUUUGCCGACACUUCUCGGUUCCUUCCAUUCCGUCUCGCCCUCCGUGCCGCCCUCGGCCUUCCGCCCGCUCUUUCCCCGCCCUCUCCAUCCUCUCGCCUUGCAGCACCCCGCCCUCCCGCGCCCGCACUCCACUUGGCUUCCGUGA